AUGAAGUUAGCUAUCUUAACAUCACUCGCUGCACUUACUACUUUAGCUAGAUCUGCAUUUGUUUAUAUUACCGAAGACAUCACUAUCACCGCUGAAACAUGGACCACAAGUACAUACUGCCCAGAAACGGAUUCUAAUGAGCAAAGUACAACAAGUUUGGAAGAGAAUACCAUGUCAGAGGUUGAGAGAGAGACCUCAACAAGCACAUCUUCUAAAAGAGUUGUUACAGUUGUUCCAUCCAUAGAUUUGACAUCUUCCUCAUCUUUUUCAGAGGAAACAGAGUCCAUUUUGGUUGAAAGCUCCACUGUGGAUUGGACGAGCUCAGUUGCAGAUCUCUCUAUCACAAGUGAAAUCAAGUCAACAUCCAUUGAAUCUACCACAGAAGAAACAACAUCCAAGGUUGAAAAUAGGUCUGGAGCUGAAACUCCGUCUGGAGCUGAGACGACAGCUCAAACUGACCCUACAUCCGAAUUUGAAACUACGCCUGAAGCUGAAACUACGCCUGAAGUUGAAUCUACAAUAGCCCUUAGCUUCUCACUUGAGGGCCCAAGCUCUGUUCAAAUUGAUUUAACUUCGACUACAUUGUUUGAAAUUAGUAGCACAUCAGCGGAGUCAACAAGUGUGGAAGAAAGUUCGUCCGUUGAAACUAGUUCAUCCCAAGUCGAAACCAGACUUCAAGCCACAUCUGAAAGUUCCAUCUCAGAGACCCCGGGCUAUGAAUCUACUUUAGUCUCAUUGCUGAGUGAGCCAUCUAUUGAUUUCCUGACUUCAAUGCCACCUCCAAUUGUCAUUACCUUACCACCUAUAUCGACCACUACAAGCAUUGAUACAACAGUGAUUACCCUUUUCUCAUGUUCGAAUGAUAUUUGUUCCCAAGACACUCGUACAUUGGUUUUAUCAACAUUAAUUGAAGCUACUACAUCCUUUCUUUCCUCAGUUGAAACCAGCGAAGUAGAAUCAUCAAGCACUUCCCCAACCGAGUCGAGCACCACUUCAGCAAAUGAGUCAAGUUCCACAUAUACAACAAUUGCUGCUUUGAUUUACGAAGCUUCCACAGAUGUCGUUAUCCUGGUUGAAUCUUCGUUGGAGCAAGUUGUUUCUACAAAUACUGAUAUUAAAACAACAAUUUUCACAAUUACUUCAUGCAAAGAUAAUAGCUGUACCAUGGUUACACAUACAACUGGACUCACAACUGUUACCGAAGAUGAAACUAUCUACACAACUUACUGUCCUUUGACAACGUCGAUUGAAAGUGAAUCAAGUAAAGAGCCCUUAGCUACAACGUCAUAUUCAGAAGUGGUUUCUUUCUCAGCCUCGUUGUCACUAGCUGAAGUUACUAUUGAGUAUUCAAAAUCAGUGGGAAUCCCUCCAUAUUCUGUCUCGGAGCCUGGAUCAAGUGAAGUUAAAGAGGAAUUGAUAGAAUCAUGCAGUGGUGAUGAAUGUUUGACAUCCUUGGCCGCAGAAGCUACGACUGAGAACAAUCUAUCCGUUGAAGCUUAUCUUGUAGAGAAGCCUAUUACAUCUGAUGCUCAAGAGACCAUAGCUCAAGAGACUGAGUCUGCAUUAGUAACUGAGAGUCAAGAUGUCACCACCUCCGUGGCUGCACCAUCGACAUUUUCAUCACCAGUACCAAGUGUUUCCAAGGAUGUUGGAAUUGCUACCGCUAGCGAGAUUGAAUCACAUGUUACCACAAUUGUCUCCUACAACUCAGAACAAGAUGUGACUACUACUAUCACAUCAAUAAUUGAAAUUACAUCUCAUGUUCAAGCGCCGUCUGCUGAUGUCGAGGAACCUCAAACAACUGAGUACUGGUCAGAAGAUGUCCCAGAAGAGCAAACUCUGGCUAUUGUUACACUUGCAGAGUCAAUUUCGAUCAUAUACAGUCCUGAAGAAUCUCCAGCAGUAUCUGAAUACCAAGGGUCUGCUACUGUAAAUGCUCCAAUACUAACUGCUGUUUUUGGAGUGUUAUUUUGUUUUAUCUAG